AUCUCAAUCCAACUUCCCACUAGUCACGCUAUCAUCUCUAUGCUGGCAACAACAACCCGCUGUUGACUAAUAUUACUUUAAUGGGCUUUGUCGCUGUUGUUGUCAACGUUGAGCGAGCCCCAAAAAGUAUGCAACACAAUAAGUCGCCAGGACUUCGGUCGGUCAUUGUCGCUGAGUGACCACAACAAAUUGAGCUUAUCAUUGACGGAUUAACACUAAACACACACACACAAGUGGCGAGGGAAGCAGAGUCGUCCACUUGCUUUGUCGUGCCGGGAUGACACAUAAAUCUGCACGUAGCACUUGGAAGCGAUGAGCGAGGUUGACUCCGAGUGUGAAGCAAAAAUUAGCGGCGCCUGCAAAAGCAUAUUGAUGAAGCGUUAAGACCACAGCUGACCCAAGCUUGUUGGGUCUGCACUUCGAACUGGAAUUGGAACUAAGCUGGAGAUGGAGUUGGGCGCUGGACUUUUGGGUUAGGCUAGAUCCAGAUGGGAGGAGGAAGGGAGAGAGAUAUGGGAGAGAGUAAGCGUUUCAGUGCCAAUUAAUGUGUAAUUAUAAUUACCAUUGCAAUUACAAUUGUUAGUUCAAAGUGAAAGUGCACGCGUUAUGCUGUUCAGUGCCAACAACAAAUAAAUUCAUAAUAACAGUACCAACAAUAACAACAAAAAGAAGCAACAACAAAUCACAAGUUGCAGAUGGAAAGCAACGCAUUUGUUAGCAGCCAUUUGCCAUCACAAGCGCUUGUUGUACUAUCGGAGGCCGCUUCCGGUUUGCAUGAGGCACUGCGUGGCCAACGUCCGUUUCCAGCGAGAUUACCUGACGCCAAAGAUCUACACAACAUGUCACUAGUCGGCAACUAUAGCACCCAAUUCCUGCACAACUUCCAUCCGCACUUGCUGCAGACCCUCAACCAUGGCAUGCUGGCGGCAAAUGGAGCAGCUGCAGCAGCAGCCGCCGCCGGAGCACCGGGCAGUUAUUUUGCCAGCGAGCGGUCGCCGCUGGGGAAGCCGUCGGUGCUGUCGAACUUUUCGCUUCCGUCGGCAUUUUCGCCACCCAAAUACAUUGGCAUAUCUCUGGACCAGAAUCUCUUCAAUGGAAGCGAAUCAUUUCGCACGGAUUCGGCCAGUCCCACGUGCACAUCACAUGAAUCCAUGGAGGGAUCACAGGAUUACGAUGCAGUUGAAAAGGGUGAAAGUCCGCGCAGCAAUAACUCUCAGGAUCCCAGGGAUUUGAGACAUCUGCAUAACGUGAGCAAGGCGCACACGGUCGCCUCAUCCUCGACAGCAUCCAGCAGCUCCUCAUCCUCCUGCUCGACCAGCUCCGCUGUCGCAGCCAUUAGCUCGGCAGCGGCCGUUGCAGCGGCGGCCACAAGCAGAGCCGUCGUCUCCAUGGCCACACAUCUGGCGGCGCAUCAAUCGUCGCCAGCAGCACAUCAUCACGCCCAUACGCACGCCCAGCACUCGCAUCCGCAUUCGCAUUCCCAUCAUCAUGGCCAUGGUCAUGUGGGUGGCGCCGGUUCAGCCGGUGGAGCGCCACCGCCGCCGCCGCCAACACAUGCCCAUCACAUGGCCCACGCUCAUCCCCAUCCAUUGUCGCAUCAUGCCGCCCAUCAUGCGGCACUGGCCAGCCUGAGCAUGGCCGGAUUGCGUGCGGUGCCAGGUGGCUUGAGUCUGGUCAGUGGACUGCAGGCAGCUGCGGCUGGCGGCGCCAUUCCCGAAAUGUGUCCCGUCUGUGGCCUCAAGCUGAGUGCCGAGGAGUGGCACACGCACUUUCUCACCGAACUGGAUCGUCUCUACAAGCUGAGCGCCGGCUUCGAGCGUGCCAAUCUCCAGGCGACCUACAUGUUUGCCCCACCAUGUCCGGCGCAGGAGAACGCCAUACGCACCAGUCACAAUCGCUGGGAGACCUUUCAACGUAUACGCAAUAAUCGCCAGAAUCGACUGCGACUGAAGGUGCGCAAACGCAAAUACGGAGAAAUGUACAUGAUGGAGAGUCUCUACUGCAGCAGUUGUCCCAUCUGCAAGCGCAAAUAUGCUCUAGAAACCGGCAAGCUGCCACCAGAGGAGGAUAAUAAAAUGCAGGAAGAGAUUGAAACAGUGGAUGUAGAGAGCUGCAACGAUGAUGUGCCCGAUUCGGGCUCAGAGCUAGCUGGCGCCUCAGCUGGUGUGGGUGGCUUGACCUCCAAUCUGUCAGCUAACAGCAUGCACAACAGCAAUGCACAGCCGGGCAAAUUGGAUGGCAUACUCUAUCGCACAGCGUGCGUGAUGAAUCAGAAGGACGGGCAUGCUGAUGAGCAGGAUGUGUGCACAAAUGUCACAACGGCCAGCAGCAGCAGCAGCAGUGUCAGCUGGUCGGGUGAAACAACACCCAGCACUCCACACACCCAGGCACAUAUCAGUGUGAAAAACGUCAGCGAGCUGUCAUCUACCACACAUCACUACUACAACGCGGACUCCUGCGGCGUGGGCGUCAACGAGCAGAGCAGCAGCAAUAAUAAUAACAACGGCAGCGGCAGCAACAACAAUGGCAGCAAGGAGCUAAUGAUGGACACGGCAUCGUGUCAGAACGACAGCGACGAGGAUGUGAUUGUCGAUGACGAUGAGACGGUGAAAAUGUCGACCAAGUCCGCGCACAGUUACAAACGACGUCUGGAUGAGAAUGUGGGCAGCAGCAGAAGCAUGGAGAACAUCUCGCCUAGUGAGGAGCGUCCGCGUUCCGAGCCGCAGGUUAGCAGCACUGAACCCGGUCCCAUGGACAUCUCCAACAGCAACAACAACAACAACAACAAUACAACAACAGCAACCAAAUAUGUCGAGUCGAUGGAGAACAGCCUGUCGCAGCUGUCGUCGAUGGGCGUGCCGGGAUUAACGCAAUUGGACACAAAGACAGGCAUAAAGGAUCUCAACACAGAUGCGUUUCUGCGCGGUCGCAAUUUCUAUUUCCAUCAGAGCUGUGCCAACGUCAUGAGCAGUUAUCGCCUCAACAAGGAGCUGCUCAGCCAGGCGCAGGCACAGAGGGAGGCUGCCGCCAAUACGGCAACGCCACGCAGCCUGUCGCCAUCGCCCGCCCAGUCGCCGCAACAGAGCGUUGCCACCCCGGCGAUGGAGUAGAUGCAUUGUGGCGAAACGAGCAAUCAAAGCGUGAAUUUAUUACAGUUAAUUAAUUCAAAUAUUGUGGUAGCUAAUGAAACGAAUUAAACAAAAAUCAAAUGUUUAAUUGAGCAUGUCAAGCGGUCGCCCCAAAAGUGGGCAACACUUUUUUUCAUCGUUUCGUUUUUCGCGUCGCCUAAAAGCGAGCAACGUUUUUUUUUAUUUCACCGUUUUUGUUUUUUGGUCUGUACAUUUUGCGUACGAAAUUAACAACAACAUUUUUGUUUCCUCGCAUUGAUAUUUAGUGCAAUUUUGUGUUGCCUUUUUCAGCUGUUUCUGAAGCAGCUCUAUUAUCCCAAUUAUUACAAUAAUUUUCUCCCGUUUUAAAUCUAAAUCUAAAU